AGGGUUUCAUUGUCCAAUUUUUCUUUGAACUUCAGAAAACCAAUAGCUGCACUCUCAGUCUUACACCCUCAGUCUGCAGUCCGCACCGCACAGCCACCAUAGCUGCUGCCACCACACCGCACCAGCCACCAUAGCUGCCACCACACCGCAAGCCGCGAGCCACCGCGCAUAGCGAGUCGCGAGCCACCUCGAGCUGCCACACGCAUCGUGAGCCACCGCGAGCCACGUGCGCACCGCGAGCCGCCGCACGAAUCUGAGCCCAUCGCGAGAAGUUGCUACUUCCAGAAAUGCCCGAGAGCAAACCAGUGAUUGGGUUAUCAUGGCAACCACAGCUUCCUAUUCCAUCAUUAAAGGUCACUUAUGGGUCUCAUUCCAAACCUCAAAUUGAGGCAUCAACCAGCACUGUUUGGAAAUCUAGUUCAGAGCUGGUUGAUGGCCUUUUGGUCCCUCCAAACGAUCCCAGAAAAUUGAAUAAGUUACUGAGAAAGCAAGUUAAAGAUACUGCUGGGGAAAAAUGGUUCAAUAUGCCAGCUCAAACCAUCACCCCUGAGUUGCAGAAAGAUUUGCAGCUAUUGAAGUUGAGGGCUGCCCUUGAUCCAAAGCGACACUACAAGAAAGGUGAUUCCAAAUCAAAGACACUUCCCAAAUAUUUCCAGGUUGGAACAGUUGUAGAUUCUCCAUUGGACUUUUUCUCAGGCAGAUUAACAAAGAAGGAGAGGAAAACAACGCUUGCAGAUGAGCUGCUUUCUGACCAAAACCUUGCAUCCUAUAGGAAGCGGAAGGUUCGAGAAAUUGAAGAACAAAAUCGACCAGCUGGGAAUGAAAAGUGGAAGAUUAAAAGUAAUUCCCGGAAGCGGGCUAAGGAAAGGAGGAUUUACUGAAUUUCUUCCCAUUUCAGCCUUAGGCACAAUUUAGAAUUAUUAAAGGUUAACUGUAAAACCUAUUGAUAUUAUGUGUUUUUGUAUCGUUUUUGGGCAAUGUCUUUUAGUCCAUUCAGCUUGAGAAUUCUCUGUUUCAACUUUGAUAAUUAUUUAUCGGAAAAAUUGUAAUCACUUCUCCUAAUAGUCUUUCAAAUGGCAGUUACUAGUAUUA